UACACACGCAACGCAACAGCCCCAGAGCUAGCGAGCUAGGGUAAUGGGGUCAUCAGGUGACGGUCCCGUGUCCUCGAGCUCAGCAGCAGGAGGGGAAUGGAAGCUGCUGCUGCAGCUCAUCCUGGGCGAGGAGGAAGGGGCGGCGGUGGCGGCGUCGCUGGGCCGUCGUGAGGUCGUCUGCAGCCCCGGGGAGGAGCCGCCCUCCCGCCACGAGAUCGUCAUCAACGUUCCCGGCGACGAGACCUGCCAAGUCGUCGUCAACGUCAGCCCUGAAGGCCAGGCCACUGCCAGCAGUAAGCAGCAUGACACGGGCGUGGUGACGGAGGAGCCGGCCUCCGUGCUCCACGCGGUGGCGGCCGCCGGCGACAGGGAGCGGCACCUCAGGUGCGCGAGCGAGAUCCACGGCAAGGCCGGCCACCUGCUGACGACGGCGGCGCCCAGAAGCAAGGGGGACACGCCGCUGCACUGCGCCGCCAGGGCCGGGAACACCCGGAUGGUCGCCCGCCUCAUGGAGCUCGCCGGGCGCGGCGAGCAGGCGAGGGGCCUCGCGAGGAUGCGGAACGCGCGCGGGGAGACGGCCCUGCACGAGGCCGUCCGCUUCGCGCACCUGGAGAUGGUGGGCGCGCUGACGAGCGAGGACGGCGGGGGGCCGGAGCUCGCCCAGGUGGACGCGCACGACGGCACCUCGCCGCUCUACCUCGCCUGCUCGCUGGGCCACAGUAAGAUUGUCCGGAAGCUUCUGGAGAAAGGUUACAAGGAUCCGUCCUGCUCCGGCCCGCAUGGACAGAAUGCCUUGCACGCUGCUGUCCUACAACACGACAAAGACAUGACAGCGUCACUGCUCCACUGGAAACCGGAGCUUGCCAGGCAAAAGGACAGGCAGGAUGGGAGCACGCCGCUGCACUUCGCCGCAUCAGCGCCGGACAUCUCCCUCCAAUUCUCGCUCUUCGUUUUCUCGGCGAGCAGCCUGGAGUACUGCUCCAUGGGCUUCUACUUCCUGCCUCCGAGAUGCCUGACGAGGAUAUUCGAGUGGGCGAAGCUCCCGCUCCCCCAGCUGCUGGCAGCCGACCCGACCUCGGCGUUCCAGCCGGACGACCACGGGUGCUUCCCGGUGCACGUCGCCGCGUCGGCGGACAGCAUGGUGCCCCUCAUCAUCCUGCUCACGAGGUACCCUACCUGCGCCGGGCUGCGCGACCCCGACGGGCGGACCUUCCUCCACAUCGCGGUGCAGAAGAAGAGGUUAAAUGUCGUGAGGUUCGUGUGCCGGUGGUGGGGGCGGCCCUACUCCAAGUCGGUGGUGAACGUGCAGGACAAGAACGGGGACACAGCCUUGCACAUGGCCGUCCGUGACGGCGAGCUGGACAUGGCCAGAUGGCUCAUCGGGAACAGGCAUUCUCAGAUAAACCUGCAGAACAACGCAGGGAGAACUCCCAUGGAUGUCGCCAACGGGGGAGUUAAAUCCGGAUUUUACUUCGGGCUGACGGCACGUCGUAGGAUUCUCAGCAUGCUAAACUUCGCAGAUGCCGUGAGCGGCAACCGCCGGCGGGAUCGGAUACCGGAGUACAGCCUCCGUCUCGACGAGGAAACAGAAUCCGGGAAGAUCAAGGAUUUCGCGCAGAUCGUGGGCAUCGGCUCCGUGCUCGUCGCCACGGCCACAUUCGCGGCAGCUCUGACCAUGCCCGGGGGCGUGUGGAGCCCCGGCGACGCUGCGGAUGCGGGCAAGAAACUGGCCGUCGCGCCCCCGCCGCUGGCCGGGACGCCGGUGCUUACCGGCUCCUACGCCUUCCAGGGCUUCGUGAUCUCCAACACUCUGGCGUUCAUCUGCUCCACCCUAGCCACCUUCAGCCUGGUCUACUGCGGGGUUGCCGCCGUCGACAUCCAGAAGCGGAUCGAGCUGGUGGCCUUCUCCCUGGCGCUGCUGCUCUGCUCGGCGCGAAGCUUCAGCGCCGCCUUCGCCUUCGCCCUCUACCUGCUGCUCGCCAAUGUGGAGCACGGGACGGCCAUUGCGUCCUGCGUCAUGACAUCUCUCGCGCUGCUCGACGGGCUCUGGUUUCUCAUGGCGAGCUUCAACGACAUGUCUGCAUUUCUUAGGAGGAAGACCAAAGCCACGUUGUUCGAACUGGGAAUUGGGUUCCUAUUCAACAUGGUAUAUCUCUUCUGGCCCUACCUCGUAAUCGCCGGCUUCUUGUCGUAUGAGUUCGUGAAAAGGGGAGCCCAUGCCCAUCACUGAAGCUAAGUAGCCUCUCCACGCAGCAAAGCUCAAGGAAAUGGAUCCCUUCCGGAUUUCCGGUUGAAUUCUUUAGUACCAAUAUAAUUUUUCUCUCUGCAUAAUCCUGGCUUGGUAUCUAUAGGUUGGCUAAAAACAAGAAAUUAAAGCUCCCUCAUCGAUCCCACCGAUUCAAAACGCGGUGUAAGAUUUGUAUUCAAUAUUGUACCAAUUAUAUAUAUCUAGGAUCGGAGUUGGGUGUGUUUAUCCUUCAUCAUCCCGCAUGUGUUUCAUGGGUUUGUAAUAAGCACGUGCUGUAUCUCCAAUAGAAAAUUGGGACUCCCUAGUUGUGAAACAAGCCACCAUUUUUCUUUA